CCAAGGGCAUGAAUGUCUUUGGAAAAUUGUUGUUUCCCUUACAACAAAGAACACAAUAAUUCUUAAUUAAUUAUUUGUGUUGGGUAAUUUUCAGAUGCAAUGAAAUGAGUAACAUGUUGUCUUUGGAAUUUGACUGUCUUGUCUUCUUCCUUCUCACUCACUCUCUCUUCAGUUCUUGAAUUUGAUCCACCUUUGUUGUUUUUUUCUCACCGAACCAAACAAAUACUUAACUACCAUUAGUGUUGUAGCUUUUUGAUGGAACGUUGCGCCAUGACAAUGGACGUGGUUUCCAUGGAGCACAGCAAGAGCUUCAUCUUCGCCUUGCAGGAACUUAAGAAUCUGAGGCCUCAACUCUAUUCUGCUGCCGAGUACUGCGAGAAAUCAUAUCUCCAUAGUGAUAAAAAACAAGUGGUACUUGACAACCUGAAAGAUUAUGCAGUAAGAGCUCUUAUUAAUGCUGUCGAUCAUCUGGGAACUGUUGCUUACAAGUUAACCGACCUUCUUGAGCAGCAAACCUUUGACGUAUCCACCAUGGACUUGAAGGUCUCUACGUUGAAUCAGAAGCUUCUUACAUGUCAUGUUUACACUGAUAGAGAGGGCCUUCGGCAACAGCAGUUGUUAGCUUUCGUUCCCAGACAUCAUAAGCACUACAUUUUGCCAAAUUCUGUGAAUAAAAAGGUACAUUUCAGCUCACACAGACAGAUUAAUUCAAGACAAAAUCUAUCUCGAACCAGAACUCGUCUUCCUUCUUCAGGUACCCCUAUUUCAAAAACUCUUUCAUGGCAUUUAGCAUCAGAAACUAAGUCUACCUUAAAAAAAACGACUUCCCGCACUUCCAAAAACCCCAAGGACUCCAAAUUUUCUGCCAAGACCUCUGGAGUUUUCCACCUUCUAGAUAGUGAAGAGCGUAGAUGGAUGAAACCCUCAGCAGCACAACUCCACUUAUCAAAUGGAACUCUUACUUCUAGAGCUGCCACCCAAACUUUUGGUGUCACAGACGAGGAUGUAUUGAAGGGUUCCAAACCAUUGACAAAAUUUGGAUCAUUUGACGAUCGAAAUGGACGUGAGGCUGCCCAAGUUCACAGCCGCAGUAAAAGUGUGCUAUCUACUCUCUUUAUCAAGCAAAAGGCGCCUAAGUUGAAGGCCGGUUCUGUGUUAUGAUACCUCUCAUGACAAACUAUGUCAGUUUCUUUCUUUUUUAGAUAAAAGAGAAUUAAGAAAACAACUUUGGCAUACCCAAAUGCUUAAUUCUCUUCUUUCACCCUGCGUCUACUAAUAAAAAGAAUUACCUUAGUCCAUGUUUUCCAGUUAUAGUCUGUGAAUAAUCUCUGAAUAAUGACAAUAUAUCGCAGUAGCCGUUUUUUUUUCA